UGUCAAUCCUAUAAAAGAAGUCUUGAUGCGCCAACCAAUUCUCGGGGAGCAGAACAAGGGCAUCUCCCAAUCUUGUAACAACCCGCCAGCCGGUUCGUUGCAUCCGAAUUUAGCUACGAGUCCAGAUCUCUGGGCGACGAGAUUCCUACAAGAUUCCUAGUUCUCAAAUCAGCGCUCACCUCACCUCACCUCACCAACACACCAGACCCUCCCACUCGAUUCUGCCUCGACUUAAAAUGGCCACCCCCAACCCAGACUUUCUCAGUAAUGUCUGGAAGGAGGGCAUAUUCAACAACCGCGUUGCAUUCGUGACAGGCGGUGCCGGCGAUAUUUGCGGCGCUCAGACAAAGGCGCUUGUGUACCUGGGCGCCGAUGCCUGCAUUAUCGGCCGCAAUGUCGAGAAGACGGAGAGGGCGGCCAAGGAGAUCGCCAAGGUCCGCAAAGGCGCAAAAGUCAUGGGCAUUGGAGCCGUCGAUGUCCGCAAUUUUGACGACCUGAAACGCGCCGCCGACCGCUGCGCCGCCGAGUUGGGGGCCAUUGACUUUGUCAUCGCCGGAGCUGCGGGCAACUUCGUGGCGCCCAUCUCGGGCCUCAGCCCCAACGGCUUCAAGUCGGUCAUCGGCAUCGACACCAUCGGCACCUUCAACACAAUCAAGGCGACGAUGCCGCACCUGACGGCGUCGGCGGGGCGCAACCCUAACCCGAGCCCGACGUGCCAGACGGGCGGGCGCAUCCUGUACGUCUCGGCCACGUUCCAUUACACGGGCCUGCCGUUCCAGGCGCACGUGUCGGCGGCCAAGGCCGGUGUCGACUCGCUCAUGGCGUCGGUGGCGCUCGAGUACGGCCCGCUAGGCGUGACGAGCAACUGCAUCGCUCCCGGUGCCAUCGAGGGCACUGAGGGCAUGCAGCGGCUCUCGAGCGCCGCCGUCGGCGCCAGGGAGCGCUCCGAGGGCAUACCGUCGGGCCGCUGGGGCACCAUGCGCGACAUCGCCGACGCCACCGUCUUUUUGUUCAGCGAGGCCGGCAACUACGUCAACGGCCACGUGCUCGUCGUCGACGGUGCCGCCUGGAGGAGGCAGUCGGGCUCCAUGGGCGUCGGCCUGGACCCCGGUGCCAAGUACCCGGACUUUAUUCUCAGCGGCGAGGUCUCGCGCCACGUCAAAUCGGGCAAGAAGGAGAAGGCGAAGCUGUGAGGUGCUAUGGGAUUUUACAGUUGUAAUGGGCGUUUGGGCGCAGGAGCAUGUCUCGCUUACCGUGUAGAUAUUUCGUAGUGAGCAGUUGGUCAGCCUUGGGGGCUACUUGCGGUUGCAGCCUUGUUAGACUUGGUUUAUCAUUGGCUUCCAACCUUGAAGCCGCACCAACCGGCCGGAAGUGCAGCCCGCCGUCCAGCUCGCUUCUGGAGCCGGCCAGCUCCCACUUUGGGUAGCAGCCGCUCCGCUCGCCCCCCGCUCCGGCGUCGCUAGAGAGUGGUCUGGAUGUGGUUCUUUUGGGGAGCCCGCCGGCGCCUGCAUGCCCACCAAGAUAGCCUGAUGUGAUAUUGACUAACCACGAUAACCAUGGGCGCGUCAUUUUAUUUAACGGCAGGCCGGUGUGCCCCUCCUCG